AUGCAACCCAACGAGGCUAAAAAGUGGAUAACGGCACUCACUCAUUCGACGAUGCAAUUUGAUAAGAAUGAAAAGAUUAGUCGAACAAGUACCGCGGAUGAUUUAGGCAAUGACGAAUCACCACGCCCAGGUCGAAGCAAACAUAAACCCGAAGCGCAUAAUAAUAAUUCUGUUAAUACACAAACUUCCGAAUCAACUCAAGAUACUUCAGAUAGAGAUAGGUCGAGAUCAUCUUCGGAUGAAUCGAUAGAGGUAAAUGGAACUCCACACGAGGACAACUAUCAAAUGGCAAUAAGUAACGCGAGAGUUCAGCUGGGUCUCCAAAAACAAUUGUUGGGUUCAUUACUAUCAAUGGUGCCCAACCCACCAUUGCCAAAUUCCAAAGAAUCUGCAACAGUAGAAUUAUUUAAUAAAUCCCUUACAGUACUUCAAUCCCUGGUGGAUGAUGUACUUCGAAUGUCCGAGGAACGAGACACUUAUUGGCAAGAGAAAUUGGAGAAAGAAUUGAAGACUAAACGAUUGUGGGAAGAUAGCAUGCGAGAGUUGGUGAUAGAACAGACCGAAAUGGAAGAAGAGAUCCAAUAUAAUGUGAUGGAGCAGAAGAUUCGAAAAAAACAACUGAAAGCCGCUAUUGCUGAAGGACAAAUCCCACCGUCAAGCCCAUUGUUGAAUACACUCUCGGAAACUUUUGAUCGUUUGUCGAACAAAUCAGAUGAAUUUUCAUCGGCCAUUUCCCAUAGUAGAAGUGCUACAGAUCUGAGUAAUCGACGAUUGUCGCUGGAACGAUCAAAUACCCUCAUAUCAACAUUGGCCGAUGAAUACGAUUCUGAUGAUGAAUUUUAUGACGCAAUUGAUGAAGGAUCAACAUUGGAAGAGAGCAUACAGUCCGACGUCAGAACUAAAUUAGAUGAAACUGGUGGCAUCGGUGUGAUGAUGCCAUACAUUGCCAGUUCGUAUCAUGGAUAUCCGGAGAAUACGAGAAAUCUACUGCCACUCGAUCAGAAGUCUUCACGUCCUGACUUGUCGUUAUGGUCGAUAUUAAAGAAUUCGAUAGGCAAAGAUCUGAGCAGAAUUACGAUACCGGUGUACUUUAAUGAGCCGACGUCGAUGCUGCAACGUUUGGCUGAAGAUAUGGAGUACAGUGAGCUGUUGGAUAUUGCGGCACGACAGAAGUGCAGUACCGAACGAAUAUUGUAUGUAGCAGCGUUCGCGAUGAGUAAUUAUUCGAGUACAGUAGGGCGAAUUGCAAAACCUUUUAACCCAUUGUUGGGAGAGACUUAUGAGUAUGUGAGACCCGACAAAGCAUUUCGUUAUGUCUCGGAACAAGUUAGUCAUCAUCCGCCCAUAAGCGCGUGUUACUGUGAAUCUCCGAACUAUGAUUUCUUCUCCGAGAUUGACAUGAAAUCUAAAUUUUGGGGCAAGUCAUUUGAAAUUUUACCGCAAGGAGUUUCUCAUGUAAACCUUAAGGUCCCUCAGGAUCACUGGCCACGUCAUGUGGAGGGAUCGCCAGAAGAAUUUGCGGCUCGGGGAAAUCCCAAUGCGUUCGCCGAACACUAUUCAUGGAAAAAGGUGACUACCUGUGUUAAUAACUUGAUAGUUGGUUCACCGUGGAUAGAUCACUAUGGAGAUAUGGUGAUCUUAAAUCAUUUAACGGGUGACAAAUGCGUGCUAACAUUUAAAGCACGAGGAUGGCGAGGAAAGGAUGCAUUUGAGAUACGAGGAUACAUUAAAGACCAUAAUGAUAAGGAGAUAUGGGAAAUCGCAGGACGAUGGAAUGAACGGUUGGUGGCGAGGAGAAGCAAUGCAAAUUUACUCUCAAUACAGGAGGAUGACCUAGGCAGCGAUAGGGCAGCGUUGAAUGCCACGUCUACAAGUGAGAAUGGUGUACUACCAUCACCUUCGCCUUUAAGUUCGACGCAAACAAAUAGAAGACCCAUUUACUUACUGUGGAAACGAAACCCGUUGCCAGAAGAACCAUUGUUAUUUAACUUGACUCCAUUCGCUGUAACACUAAAUGACCUCCCUGACUCACUGGCGAACUGGAUAGCGCCCACCGACAGCAGACUGAGACCAGACCAACGAGCCUUGGAGAAUGGAUUGUAUGAUUUAGCAAAUUCGGAAAAGAUGAGACUGGAAGAGAAACAGCGCGAGAAACGAAAAAACCGCGACCAGGACCUGAGGAGGAAUCACGCAGCGCGAUGGUUUCGAAGAGCUAUUGAACCCGAUACAGGUGAAAAUUAUUGGGAGUUUAACCAUGAGUAUUGGGAGGAACGGGAACGAGUCGGCAAGGAAAAGAUGGAAGCUCUUGACGAAAAUGAUAUUGCUCUAUUGAAGACAUACGGUCAAGGACCAUAUGCGAAGGAGUUAAAGAAAAUCGACAAUGAUAUCAAGGAUAUACAGAAAAGGAUAAAUGAAAAAAUAGGUGUAAAGGAAUCUGAUACUGGCCUCGCACCUCCAAACCUUUGGGAUAUUCCUGCGGAUAGACAAAGAAUGCAAGAAGAACAACCUUUGCAGGUUGCCCGUUGUACGAAAAUUAUCCAAGCUGGAGAGAAUGAUGAUUCCAAGUACAUCAUAAAUGUUAAGCAAAUUGCAAAAUUUGUUGUUGCUUUGGGCGACCGCGUUUCACCGACUGAUAUCGAAGAAGGAAUGCGCGUUGGAGUCGACCGUAAUAAGUAUCAGAUUCAAAUUCCAUUGCCACCAAAAAUUGACCCUUCAGUAACAAUGAUGCAGGUUGAGGAAAAACCUGAUGUCACUUAUAGUGAUGUAGGCGGAUGUAAAGAACAAAUUGAAAAACUCAGAGAAGUUGUUGAAUUGCCAUUGCUUCAGCCUGAGAGAUUCGUGAGUCUUGGCAUCGAUCCUCCUAAAGGCGUUUUAUUAUAUGGACCUCCUGGGACCGGGAAAACACUUUGUGCUCGUGCGGUAGCAAACCGCACCGAUGCCACUUUUAUUCGCGUUAUUGGUUCUGAACUUGUACAAAAUCCCGACACUCUAGAUCCAGCACUUUUGCGUCCGGGACGUUUGGACCGUAAAGUUGAAUUUUCUCUGCCAGAUUUAGAGGGUCGUGCUCACAUAUUGAAAAUUCAUGCUAAAAGCAUGUCGGUUGAACGCGAUAUUCGAUACGAAUUGAUUGCGCGACUAUGUCCAAAUAGUACCGGUGCUGAGUUACGAAGUGUGUGUACCGAGGCUGGAAUGUUUGCAAUUAGAUCGAGGAGAAAGGUCGCGACUGAAAAGGAUUUCUUGGAGGCUGUAAACAAAGUUAUCAAG